AGAGCCAACAAAAAUUGGAUAAGGUAGCCACAAUAGUCUGAAGCGCACAGACAUUUAUGUGUUUGAUGAUACUAUGGCUUUACAGAAUUGGCUCUAUGCCGGAAACACUCUCAGAUUGCGGCCAGUAUGUAUAACUCAAUUGCCUGGAAAAUAUAGGUUGCUAGUGCCACGGUCAACAGGAAGAUCCCAGGCUGAAGAAUUCAUAUUUCAGAGACGGUUUUUUGUUGGAAUUGGGACAGCUUCUGCAGUAGUCCUUGGUGGAGUAACAAGCUUUCUUCUUGGAUUGUCACCACAAACAGGAAGAGAUUUGAAAUUAGAUGUUCUUUAUCCGAUUGAAGGAUACAGUAGAUGUCUUGAGCCUAAUGAAGGUUUCGAAUUCAUUUAUCCGGCGAGAUGGGUUGGAGAUCAAACACUCCUGCGCCGAGCUGUAGGGAAGGCUGAGUUGGAGAGAUCCCUCGACCUCCCUCCAUUGAACGAUAAGAACUCAACCAAUCGUCGUCGUGGAAGUUCAUCUAAUGAACCGAAGGUUGCAUUUGGUCCCCCAGGGUCCAAUGGUGAACUUAACGUUAGUGUUAUUGUUUCUGCCGUUCCUCUUGAUUUUUCAAUUGAAGCAUUUGGAGGUCCAAAAGAAAUAGGAGAAACGGUGGUAAAAACAAUUACAGGAGCAAGAAGUGGUGUUAAAGCAACGUUAAUAGAAUCAACUGUAAGACAAGAUUCAACGAAGCAACUGAAUUACUAUAAGUUGGAAUUCCAAGUUGAGAGCUCUUCCUUUCGCCGUCACAACAUCGCCGUUUGUUGUGCAGAAAACGGAAGGUUGUUCACGUUGAAUGCGCAAGCGCCAGAGUCAAUUUGGUCCAAAGUGAAACAACAAUUCAAUACAGUGGCCGACUCUUUUCAUGUCACAACUUAAACAUGAGCAUUUGUUUACAGAUUUGUCCGUGAUUCGUUAUCGAGAUACAAGUACAUCGGCGAUUUAACAAUGCCAAGAUCAAGUGUUCAUCAAAAAAGGUAAAUCUAGAUUUUCCGGGUUAUUCGUUACACAUGAAGAUUUUUUUGGGCAAAUUACUCCUCUCUCAUAGGAGCACCUCUUUUCAAAGAAGAAAACAAAUCAAAAUGGUUGAAUUAUAAUUUCGAAUACCAUUCCUUCUCCAGUUUUUAUGUACAAGAAUUGGGUGUUGUCGUUGUUGUAGAUCGCUCUUUCUCUUCACAAUUUAUUUACGUGUUGCAUCUUACUUGUAAUUGUUUCAUUGUUUUUGAUGUACUUAUCUUUCUUGAAAACCAUCAUGUAAACGUUUCUUUUAUGGAAUGAAAUACUUGUGGUUUGAUUAUCAAAAAAAAAA